AUGAUGAACACCCGGCAGAUCAAAGUGGACCCCCCCCAUGAUGAACAUCCGGCAGAUCAAAGUGGACCCCCCCAUGAUGAACACCCGGCAGAUCAAAGUGAACCCCCCAUGAUGAACACCCGGCAGAUCAAAAUCAAAGUGGACCCCCCCAUGAUGAACACCCCGGCAGAUCAAAGUGAACCCCCCCAUGAUGAACACCCGGCAGAUCAAAGUGGACCCCCCCCCCCCAUGAUGAACACCCGGCAGAUCAAAGUGAACCCCCCAUGA